AUGGCAUCUGCAAGGGCACAAGCUCAGCUCAACAAGCGAAUCGAUCUCGACAUUCCUGGAACAAUACCGUCGAAUGUUCAGGUCCAGCCGGUCAUCCUCGCCAACCAUCCUCCGCAGCCUCCAUUCCCUGCGUACAAUAUCGGGUACAACGUCCAAGGUCGAGUGCAACAACACGUUCACCAGAACAUCCCAGCUCGGCCACCGCCUGGACGAGGCUCAGCUCAUCCUUACUAUCUGAGCACCGAAGCCAACCUACAUCCGAUCUUGUUCCAACUGGAACCAGCUCCAUCUCCACUUGCCAACGUGGAUGUGCCACUGCUCGUCAAUGCACAAACUGGGCAGGUCGAAGUCGGACCGGCCCCUCAUUCCAGGCCCCUCCGGUACUUCUGGCACCUCCCUCGGUGGGUCGACGUCGACGUGCCCGGGCACACCAUGGAGCUCUGGUUGCGUCUGGACCCUCGCGUCCGCAUGGCAGACAUCCUCGACCGGAUCAACGUGGUUGCCAACAGACCAAAUGCCAACGUCUUCAACAUGAGGCGCAGUCGGUUCCGGGAUGUCAUCCACGUCCCUGCCUUUGACACUGUCCGUCGCGACCCGGGCGCGACAGAAGUCGAAAUGAUCGGGCGCCUGACGCGCGAACAAGUCCUGUUGAACACGGCGAUGCGCGUGGACCUGUGCAACAACAGACUCCUGAUGCCGGUGCUCGACAACACGAGGUCGACGAGGGGGUUUGUAGACAGCCGACUCCCCAUCGACCACUUCAUCAGGGCAUAUGCGCUCCCCAUCCCCAUCCCCUCGGACAGGCAAGUGACCACGUUGGCCCUCCGACACCGGAUGCAGACUCUGGCGGUUGCACAAGGCCACGGCAAGGGCGCGACGGCGUACAACAACCUCCAUAUCAACAUGGUCCCUCCUUGGUGGCACCGACGUCCCAACGCGCAACCGGCGAGGAUCGCCGCCAUCGACAACCUGACACACCGGGAGUGGAUGGACGAUUGCCUCAACCGCCACCCGGGGGUGCAGCAAGUUGCAGCGCCGGCACGGCGACCGUUGCCGCCACCGUGGCAACCACAGACACAACAACCACAGCGACCACCGCCUGCGGCGGGCGUGCAGCAUGUCGCCACCAACGCGAACCGGAUCAUCGACCCACGUCUUCAGGGAGGAAACCCCCCUGCCGCGUUCCCGGGUCUCUUCAGACCCGGUAGGCCGAAUGAACCGGAGGAGUCCAGGCACAGCUUCACGACACCGGACGGCGUCACGCAUUAUUACGUGGAGCCUCAGCACCGUCAUGCGUACCGGUGA